AUGGCCCCUUCCCAGUCUCAUUUGAUCUGUACAACGCAACCAGCACAACAACCCCCCAGUAGCAUGACCGAAGAACAUGUGUUGUCCCGUUUCUCGUCAGAUAACAAGCAGCGGUCGAUGUCGAUCUCCAAUGCCAUCCUCGCCCACCUGAGGGCCGUGGGCAAGAAGGUUGCGAUGAGCAGAGAGGGAGACAUCGUCGUGGGAUCUCUGUCUGGAUCCAACACAACUUCGAACGAGAACAGCGACACCGAGGUCGAGUCGGAGGAUAGCGAGGAUGAGGUGCAGACCAAGCAGGGCGCGCACCAUAAGCUUCCGUCGGUGCCUGAGUCCAGAGCGUCUCCGGGGCCCGAAGCAUUGUCUUUGCAGAAACUCAAGCGGUUUCUGUCGCAUCCACACUCGGCUCUUUCCAUGACUGACUCGCUGGCAAGCAGUAGUCCAUAUAUGUCCUACAGUAAUUCACAAGUCCGCCUCCCGGAGUUCAACAAGCGGCCCUUGACCGACACACCCAUGAUGUCUGUGAUGCCUUCACCCGAGACCCGGUACCAUUCGAGUGAGGAUGAGGUCGAGCCCGAAAGCCCCGCCGAGCUCAAUGAGCUCAUGGCUGGCCGCGCGAAAAAGGCCUUGAAACUGAGCCCCAAGCAGACCUUGCGCACAACAAAGAACAUCUCUCAUCUCAGUUUGGCCGACUUGAACUUAAUUUCGGCCAAGGUCUCUGAAGCACAACCACAGAAUAGUGGCUCAGUUUCGCCCACUGAUACCCUGGCGCGCGCGAAGACCCCUUCUGUCAAGUUUUCACCGCUAGAACCAAGCAUUGCAGUCUCGCCCUCAUCUCCAGUAGAUGAUCCAAUACCCAAAGUGCCUGCUGAUGUUAUCAAGAAAGGAAAAAAUAAACUUGAUCCUCUGAUCUUGCAGAAAAUACGCGCUGAUCUUCUCCGUGAUGUCCCUGAAGAUUUACAAAAGCAAUUUGAAAAAACUCCUUCAUUUGAGAAGUUGAAAAGCAUGCUUCUUAGAAAAAAGCCCAGCCAACAAAAGGCUUAUACCCUCAAUAUUCCGGGCCAGACCUCCUCGAAAGUAUCCCCUGACGGAAAAAUUGCUUCUGUUGAUGUGGGCUCAAAACUUGUCAUUGUCAUGGUGGGUUUGCCAGCUCGAGGCAAAUCGUAUAUCACCAGCAAACUCACAAGAUACUUGAACUGGAUUCAACAUGACUGUAGAGUGUUCAAUGUUGGAAAUACCAGAAGAAUGGAUAAGACAAACGUUUUUGGUCCUGCUCACACACCAUUGCCUGACACUAAUACUCCCCUGCCUAAUGCUGGGAGAUCUCCUUUGGUACAACCACUUUCUCCAACUUCGCAUUCGGCUGAUUUUUUCAACCCAGAGAACAAGGCGUCCACCGAGUUGAGAGAGAAGUGGGCGAUGGAUACUCUUGACAGUCUUCUUGAUUGGGUGCUUCAUGGCUCUGGAUCUGUCGGUAUCCUUGAUGCCACAAACUCCACAAAAAAGCGCCGUUUGAAAGUGUUAAAGCGUAUCCAAGAGAGAACAAAUGGAGAAUUGAAGGUACUUUUCUUGGAGAGUAUCUGUUCAGACCCAGCGAUCUUGAACACAAAUAUCCAUUUGAAGCUUUCAGGACCCGACUACAAAGAAAUGGAUCCUGAACUUGCUUUGAAGGACUUUCUCGGCCGCUUGCGAAACUAUGAGAGAGCAUACGAAACGAUCGACGAUACUGAAGAGGCAAUUGAUGGAUUCCAAUACGUCAAAAUGAUUAAUGUUGGUAAAAAGGUAGUCAGCUACAAUAUUCAAGGAUUUUUGGCCUCGCAAACAGUGUACUUCUUGUUGAACUUUAAUUUAUGCGAGAGACAGAUUUGGCUUACCAGACAUGGUGAGAGUGUGGACAAUUUGAGUGGACGUAUUGGAGGAGAUAGCAAGCUCACCAAGCGCGGUAAACAAUUUUCCAAAGCUUUGAACAGAUUCAUGACUUACAAGCGUCAAGAGUUCCGCAAAAACCAGCUCGAUAAUUUCUCUAAACGUCUCGAGUUGAGGUACAAUCAAUUACUUGGAAAGUCAAAUGCAACCGUUCCUGGCCGCGAGAACGACGUUGUUGAAGUGCCAACCGAGCCCAACUUCUGUGUUUGGACGUCCAUGCUCUUGCGUGCGGUUGAAACUGGUAAAUAUUUCAGUGACCAGGAGUACAACGUGAAAGCUAUGCGCAUGCUCAAUGAAUUAGGAGGAGGUAAAUUCGAAGGUAUGACAUACGAUGAAAUUAGAAGAGCAAGUCCAAAGGAGUUUGAGGCUAGGUUCAAGGACAAGCUCGGAUACAGGUAUCCUGGUGUUGGUGGCGAGUCUUACCUUGAUGUUUUGGUGAGGUUGCGUCCAUUGAUCAAUGAAGUAGAGCGUACUACAGAUCACUUGAUGAUUGUGUCGCAUAGAGUGGUUUUGAGAGUGCUCUUGGCUUAUUUCCUCAACCUUGAUAAGUCCUCGAUCGUCGAAUUGGAUGUACCAUUACACACACUCUACUGCUUGGAACUGAAACCAUAUGGCACCGACUAUACCAUGUAUGAGUACGAUGAACUAUCAGAUUGGUUUACCAAGAUUGAACCGGAACACCGCAAGAACGUCAAAGAAAUGGGCGUGAAUUUCCGGGAGAGAAAGUACUCUGUCAUCCCCACGGCGCCACCUCUGAGCAAGUCUACCCGUGAUCGCAAGCCAGCGGCAGCACCACGCUCCACUUCAAACAACUUCAGUGUCAGAGCCAGUUUGACACGAGCAGAAGAGAAAAAAACCGAGCUGGAAAACAGCUCGUUGACAUCGCAGAAGCUUGCCGACUUCAAGAAGUUGCGUAAUCCGCGAGAGCAGUUCUCAUGA